GCGCCUGCAUCGCCACCGCCGACCUGGAGCGCGCGUUCUACCACAUGCGACUAUCGGCAGACACAUGGAGGACUGCUUCACGCUGCUCGCCAUCGAUGCGACAUUCUUGAUGGGGGCAGGCUUCGCGGAGUUCCCGUUCGCACCUGGCCAGCUGGUCACCGCCAAGGUGGCGGUGUUGCCGAUGGGCUUCUCGCGGGCCCUGCACCUGCGCCAGGAGGCGUCGGCCGCCUGCUUGUUGCGCAGCGGGGUGGACCCAUCCAACGUCAUCGUGGACGGCCUGGUCGGCAUCCAGCUGGAUCGUGACCGACCCGUAGCCGCUGGGGCCUACGUCGACAACGCGAUCACCGUCGGCGUCGCGCCCGAGGCGGCCAACCGCCUGCUCUACAAGCUGGUCGGUCAUCACAGGCUCGCGGGGCUGGUGGUUCACGAGAACUGCGAGGCGCCCGCCAACGUCGAGUUUCUCGGGCUACAGCUGCACGAGGGGGCCUCGCUGACCAUCAAGGCGCCCACUACCCUGCAUGCGUGCUACGCCUUCGUGGAGACCUUCGGCGGCCGCCCGGGGCGGCCCUGGACUUCGGCGACGCGCGAGCUCGAGCUGGUCCGCAACUUGCCGCCGGUGCCCCAGGCGGGCAUCGCCGCUGGAUGGCGCGGCGCUGCCGCAAUUCAGCGAUGCAGCGCCUUGCGGGCUCGGUGUCACGCGGCGGCGGCUGGCGCCAGGCGACGUGGCAGAGUGCGGCCGCUUCUCAGAGCGCUGGCGGUUCAGGGUGGCAGGUGCCGCCUCCGCUCGCGCGAGGUCCUUCAAGCUCCUGAGGUUCCCUCGGCCCCCGUUGGAGUUGUCUCGGACGGCAUCUUGGACGACUACGCGCUGCCGCGCGUGGACCCCUGCAAGGGCUUCGAGGUCUCAGCGUCGACGGGCAGCCCCGCGGAUGUCUUGGAGUCAGAGGGCGUCUUGGGCGACUUCAGGGCGAGGUUCGACGAGGUCCUAGCUACUAUCACUUGCAGCGACGGGUGGAGGCCCACAGCGGCCGUUAAGGUCUCGGGUCGCGCUGACAUCCUGUAUUUGGAGGGAGGCGCGCUGCUGGCCGUUUGCGUGGCAGGCAUGCUGGGCUGCCAGGACGCCGACGCAGCGCGCGGCUCGCCGGUGCCGAGCCCCUCAGCAGCCGCUGCCCAGCGGCAGAGGCUGGCGCGCCAGGCAGUGGCGGAGCGGCCGCUAAUGGGAGGCCUCACCCUGCUCGAGACGCUGGCCAUGCCUGGUGCGGCCUCCAUCGGCUGA